AAUAUUUUACUGCUUGUUAACUUGUACUCAUCGCGCUUUAACAUUUAUUCAACCACAUUUGUAUUCACUCCACUGGUUGCAGUGUUGUUGGCUUCCAUCCCUGGUCUGUUUAUUUGAUUUAUUGCAAAUUUGAAAAAUGUCCCCGCAAAUUCGUGUGGUACAAUGCAUUCAAUGCAAAAUGUACCAGGUGGACUUCGUGAAAAAGUCAAACACAUGGCAGUGUAAAAUUUGCCGCCAAAAGCAAAGCUUGCUCAAGGAAUUCUUUCGAGGAUCGGCAGCGGAAUGCCGGGUUAAGGUGCAGCAUCUCAACUUGGAGCGCGGAAUGCGGGAGGAAAGCCUGAACACGGGCUUAUUCCGCAAGGCAAAGCAGCAGCGCGAAGAUGAGGAAGAUUGCCAGGAUGAAGAGGAAAACACCACACCUCAGAAGAAAACAAAUAAAUGGGCAAACUAUGUGGAUAAUCCCACUGAAACUACCAAAAUUUCUGCAAAAGAAUCUAAGAAAACCGAAGAACUUUCCGAAGCAAUCUCUAUGAACUUAAAGAAAACCAGGAACACAGGACCACGAUCCUCUAAACGUUCCGCUGAAAAUAUGCCAUCAGUUACUAAGAAAAGUUGUUCUAAGUGGAACGACUACUUAUAAUUCCUUAAAAAAUAUAUUAAUAUAUAUUAAUUAAUUAUUUGCAAUUAAAACUUAUUUAUAAAGCAAAGAAUAUUAUCGCUGAUCAUUAGAUUAUCUGCAAAUAAGAUUUCCAGUUACGUGAAUGAA